CGAACGUGUGCGCUAGUAUAUGUGUGUGUGUCCCUAUCGCGUGUGUGUGUGUGUUCGUCGCAUUGGUUGCUGUCGUGUGAUUUGCUGCCCUUUUUUCGGUGCCCCUAUUAUCGUAUUUAGCAAUUUCACCAUCCGACGGGAAGUUCCAGUGCCAAGGCCAAAUAGUCAACAACGCUCCCGGCCCUCCAAGUGACUGCGCGGCACCAGCUGCAGCGAUCCUUUCCCGGUGUGCUGCCGCCCUCUCUCACCACACACACCACCCGCGGAAAGAGGCGCUCCGUCACGCAGGGCUUUUUCUUUUGUCCGUCGCGCUGCUGUUUAUCGCCAUCGUCAUCCGGAGUGUACACUGCAGUGUCAAAGUGGAUCAUUCCAUCGGUGCGUCGGUUGCUGAAGUGCCCCCGGGUGGCCACGGUACAAGCGCUGCCGGUCGCCAUCGUCGUCGUCGCCGUCGUGGUCAAACCGAGCGCGAGGCUCCGCAACCGCAGGGAGUGGUGGUGGUGCUCGGGUCAGCUGCAGGUCGCAAACGUCGACCGCUUGGGGGCGACAGGUGACAGCUGAAGGUUGUACGCGAGAUAUCGGUAGCCCGGGGGGUGCUGCGGACCGGCCGGCAAGUUGGAUAGAGGAAGGGGACAACGAUGUCCGAUUCGUUCUUUGGGUUUGAUGCGUCCCUGCCCGGCGAGGACGACGAUGGCGGUGGCGGAGGCGGCGGCAGGUCCGGCGGCGGUGGUCGACGCGUGCUGGGCGGAGGAAGCGGUGGCCGGGGAUCCGAUUCGGAGGAGGAGUACGACGCCCUUAACGAUGAAACGUUCGGUCAGGCCCGCCAGGACGAUUGGGAAGAUUUGCACGAGAAUCUGGUGCGAAUGGACCAGCGGGAAGGGGGCGACGGUGAUUCCGGGGCCGACUCCGAUCUCGACAUCAACUUCUCCUCGGUCGGAAUUGACAACUUCGAGCUGGACAACGAUACGGAACCGGAAGCUCGAUUGCAGCUCGAUCCGAGCGUGUGGACGAUGCCCAGCAAACCGGAGACCCCGCGACACAGUGUGCCCUCCGUACCGGCCCCGAUGCCCCCGGCGAUUGUCAGUGCACCGACCCCACUUCCAGCCACAGAUCGGUUCGGUGCGCCGAUGGGACGGUUUCCGACGAUGCCCAACGCGGGCCUGCGCAUCUGCUCGCUGGAGGAAAUUGAGCAGAACAUGAUCAAGCAGCAGCAGGAACAGAUGCGCCGAGGAAUGACCCCGCUACCUCGUCCUCCGCCGGGCUUUCUGCCCCCCUCCAAUCCAACCCAGGGUGGUAUGCAGCCGCCCCAUCCUCCCGGCUCGAUGCCGCCUCCCUCGCCAAUGAUCCAUCGUCCGCUACCGAUUCCGAUCGGGUUCCCUUCGCCGGCGCUGAUGGGAGGAGCUCCCGGAGGUCAGCCGUCCGCUCCCGGCGGCCCGAUGGGCGGUCCUCUUUUUCCGCCCACCAACAUGCCGCCACCGAACGGGCAGCCGGGCGGGCCUCCAUUUCCCUUUCCGAUGAACUUCCAGGGUCCGCCCGGAUCCGGGGGAAUGCCUCCCAACAACAACAACAGCAACAACGGCAACAACAACAACAAUAAUGGUGGGAUGAAUAAUAAUGCCAGCUUCAGCCAGCGGCUCGUGGAGGAGAUACAGCAAAACCAUCCGAUGCUGCCCCACUACCGGCCGCCGGGUCCGCUACCGAUGGGCGUACCACCUCCACCGGGCGGUCCGGGCCAGAUGCCCCCGAUGCCACCGCACGGCGGCAACUUUAAGCACCCGUUCAUGCCGCACCAUCAUCCAGGAUUUCCGCCCAACUGGAACGGGCCACCGCAGAUGCACCACGGCAAUAUUCACCAUCACGGUGGUCAUCAUCAUCCGGGCUUCCCGGGUGGACAUCACCACUUUCCUCAGCAGCAGCAGCAACAGCAAGGUCAAGGACACCAUCAUCAUCAUCAACAACAGCAGCAACAGCAGCAGCAACACCAUCACCAGCAUCAGCAGGGUGGCGGUCAUCGUUUGCACAAUGGAAAGCAGAACCGGAACUACGAGUACGAUGAGUACGCGAACAUGAUGACGGAGCGGGCGAAACACUGGCUGCUCGGCAUUCAGCUCUCCCAGCUGAACAAGGACACGGCCUACUACAACGAUUACUACUUCUGCGUAAUCCGCGACCGGAAGGAGCGCGAGCGAGGCGCGGAGCGGGAAAGCAAAGCGCACAAGGACAACACGUUCUAUCAUCCGUUCAGCCAGCAGCAGAACCAGCAGCAGCAGCCGCAGCAGCACUGGAACGGGUUCGGGCGGGAGCGCCGCAAUUCGGAGAACUCCACCUCCACGAAGGACGGCAUCAAGGAGAUACAGCCCCGCCGCUACAAGCUGGUGCAGUUCGAGAAUUCGCUCGGCAAGCUGCAGUGUGGCAGCGUGAUUGCACCGCGCAAGAUCAUCGACCAGGAUGUGGUGGUGGAUCGUUCCGUCGCCGAGGGCGGCAGUGGACCCGGCGGACCGGGCAGCGGUACCGGAGGGAGUGGCAGUGCUCCCGGCAGCUCCGACUCGGUGCACAAUCAGCGCCGCUCGCGACAGAUUCUGCUGCACGUGGAGAACCUUUACCGGCUGCUGCUGCGCCUGGAGGACAUGUCGAACCAGCUGGCGAUCGAGGCCAAGCAGCAGAUGCGAGAAAAGCGCGACAAGGAGCGCCUGCUGGCACAGGAAAAGCUGGCCAGCGGCGGUACGGACGAGCAGAACAAUGUGAGCAGCAGUGGCGGCGCGGGUCAGAUGGCGGCCGUACCGGCAGCGACGGUGUCCGAGGUGGAACAGGAUACGGUGGAGAAUCUGAUCGAGCGCAUACUGCCGUGCGUGAACGCGGAGGGCGUGCUGCGGCUGCUGUCCGUGCGCAAGGGCAAGCUGCUGCUAACGCGCAUCCAGAAGGCGCUCGGCGAACAUACGGCCCGCUGGACGAUCUGGUGCACGGUGCUGUCCACGCUGGUUGCCCUGCCGAAGCGCGAUCGCGAGGAUGCGGAAGAUCAGCUCAGUCCGCUGUUUGCUGAGUUUGAGCUGCACGUGAAGUAUGCACAGGGCGGCGAGUUGAUGCCGCUGUUCGAGACGCUGCUCAACACUGACCAGUUGCUCAGCUUGGUGCCCCGGUGCAAGUUCCUGCUGCUGACGAUGCUCACUCUGAUCGCGCAUAUGGAACACUUGACCACGAUCGAUGGGUUCGAUGGGCUGGCGGCAGUGAGCAACGGCGAUGAGGCGACCGACAGCACUAGCAACGAUGGUGAGGAAAGCGGCGGUGGUGGCGAUGGUGGCACUGUCUCCCGCCGACUCAUCUGGUCGCGCUGGAUGAGUCUGCUGCGCGAGCUGGCACGUGUGCUGGACAGUGCGGCAGCUGUUGCGGUCGGCAGCAAGCCCCAGAAGGUACUGCUCAAGCUUGAUUCGUCCUGCGGCAAGGUGAAGCAACUGCGCGCACACCUACAGCGCCAUCCGGAGCUGGAGCUGGAGCGCAAGCUUCGGGCCAUCGUAUCGAUCAUCGACAUUGGCGGUCCCUCGUCCCUGGCAACGACGGCGGAAGGAUCGGCGUCCGGCGAGGAAGUAAGCAAAAAGAAAACCUUAAAGGACGACAGCUCUCGUGGAGUAAAAACAUAGGAAUCUCACUCUUCAAAAGAAAAAAAAGUUUCUUCGUUCCUUCGAACCGGAUUUGAACCAGUGACCUAUGGAUUACUCUCUAUCGAACUUUCGCUUCUACAGUCCACCGCUCUACCAACUGAGCUAUCGAAGGAUGUGUCGGAGAGGGCGCUACACGCCAUACCUAAACAACAGCCUAGCAGCUCAUCCAUCCACUGGGAGGGGGCGGAGAAAAGUUUGCAAACGUUGGGGAAUAAAUCAGUUCUUCAAAGAAAGUUUGCGCGCCGUGGUCGGUUCUCGGUUCGGUUCGAACUCGCUCUCGGUGUGUGUGUGUUUGCGCGAGUAAAGCAGAAAACUUUCCACCGGCUGGGCCGCGCGUUAGUGUGCUCGUUACGAAUCCGGUACGUGUGUGGACACACAGAUCCAUCAUCAGGCGAUGAAUUUUCCAAAAGUUUUUCCUCGCUCGCUGCUUGCUGCUGGUUGCUGGUACCUUGUCACAGAUUGUUUUUUUUUUCUCUCUUCUACUAUUCAUUGCCAUUGAAUGUCGGAUCAAUAAUUGCACUUGUAAAUCACGGUUGCGGAUUAAACAGCCAAACCUCUUUAGACGAUAGCGACAGAUAGCGAAAAUGCAUAAAGAAAUCAUAACGAUGCCGGUACUUCGUAACGCAAAUUCAUUGGAAGAGAAUGGAAGAAAGAUAAUUUUAAUAAAAGUAAGCAAUACACUACGUAAAAGACGAAGAUUCUUAGCAAAAUAAAAAACUUUAUAAACAUUCAAUAAGUGUAGGUUGUAGAUGAAAGGGAAAACGGAAACAAUACUAUCUCUCCACUGGUUCCGUUCAAUCGUCAAUCACAAAAAAAAUGUACAAAUUAACACAACUGGUUAAAUAUAAUUAUUGCAAAAUAAAAGUAAAAAUCUUACCAAAAUCAUUCAGUACACUUUCGCCGAAAUACGAAAAGAUGAGAAAAAGUCGUGUUAAAAAAAUAGAUUGUAAUACCAGGCUGUUACUUUUUCGAUUUAAAAUAGAAAAUUUCAACAUGCUCCUGUUACUUUUUGGCACGUACGUUUUGCGAACGGGACUCAAAUUUCCAUUCCAAAACAAUCUUAAAAUAAAAUAAAUAAAAAAACACACACACACAAAUACAGUCGCCGCCCAUUGUUGGUUCAACCGUACACAGACACACCGAAUUCGGGCGUUCCUGCUAGUUCCGUUCCGUUCUGUGCGCCCCUUCCCUUUUGGCCUUCUGACGAGGAAUGACCUUUCGGAAGACAUCAUGAGAAACGAUCAAAUCGCCGUUUCCCAGCCGUCCCAGUCGUCGCCGUACAAGAAUCUCGUUCGGUCACAUUCCAACAUUGGGUUUGAUGGGAGGGGGAAGGUGUAGGAGGUUGCAUUUCUGCACCGCACUGCACUGCAACAACCCCAGGAUCGCGCACACGCUCUGCUGGGUCGUGAUUCAUACAUAAACGGGAAUGUUCUCCACGAUGCUGCCGGGCGCGCCAUAAAGCCCGAAAAAAAAGGUGAAACUCGGAUGACUCGGCGCAAGGGGACCCCUCACCUCACCACAGAUUAAUGCCAACAAGCGAACAGCGGAUCACAUUCCAAUCCUUCUUCACCUUUUGUAUAUGUGAUAUGUAUUAAAACAAAAGAAAAUAAAGUAGAGUUUAACGUUAAUUUUCGCACUUUAGUGUAAGUGAGUUUGUAUUAUCAUUGUUAUUAUUAUAAUCAUUUUAAUCUUCUCUUUCUUUUCGCCUCCUCUCUGGCCUUCCUAAUACAAUUCUAAUACUAGCGACUGGUGCUUUUCUUAUAAACAUAGACAGAAUCAUAAUCACACUCCCAUUUUUCAUGAUACCCCCCACAAAAAAGGGACAAAAGAGGUGUGAAGGAGCGCGCAGGGUUCUUCAUUCUCCUCCUAUUCGGAGUAUUUAUUGGAUUAGCUCCUAAACAGGUUUCCUCUCUCGAUUCUCGUCGUCGUCACCCUUUUCACAACUGAGAUGAGAAGAUCAAGCAACCGCGCUGGGGAUCAUUGCACACCAUAGCAACGGAGCCUACACCAUCACCACCACCACCACCAAGCGCCUUACUAAGAUCGAUCAAAACCCAUUCUACUCGCUUUGCUGCACGUUUCCUCUUCUUCUCGGGGGUUCUUCUCCCAUCGGUAGCCGUCGCACCCAGCAAUUGCUGUACCGGGCAGCUUCCCGAUAAUUAUCCUUUCCCUGCUGAGGUGGGGAAGGCCCACAACACACCAACUUGAUCCCUCUAUUAGGCAAUCCUUCGGGUUUUUACUCCCGACCCGCUUCUUCCAUUUUUUUUUCUUCCAAUUUUCCUUUUUCACACAAAUCACGGAUAGUGGUGGUUGUUGUUAAUGGCUCUCUCUCUCUCUCUCUCUCUCUCACUCUCUCUCUCUCUGUGCGUGUUGUUCGUUAAUCUCUUCAGAAGCGGCGAGAAGCAGUAAUUACUGUUACUGCGUGUGCUGUUUGUUGUUUGCUGUGAUUUCUGUCCUAACCCUUUCCCACGUGUUGAGUAUAGUGUCCCACUUUUUCCGCGCGUGUUUGUUUUCUUUUCUUUUUACGGAAGAUUAAAUAACAAGAAGAAAAACAGAAGGAAUUGAGGCAAGGAGCGUUUAACGUAACCACACACAGCAAACAAAACGGACCUUAAUUAAAGCUGCUUGGUGGUGGUGGUGGUGGUGGCGUUGUUUGUUGUCUACAGCCUACUGUGUGUGUUCUCCUGGCAACCCAACAUCAUCUCCCUUCUCUCUCUCACUCUCUCUCUUUUGUUUCUAUAUGGCCCCAAGCUCCUCCUGCUCGCAAUCCUUCUAUCACGACUCUUGAUGGUGGCGGCGGCUUGUGUCGAUAAUAAAGGUUAAAAGGAUGACUUACGAAUUAGUAAAACAAAACGUAUUUACACACACACACCCGAAUUGAAGCGAAAGCGCACUUGUCGUCUGCGUGAGAUCUACUUUCCCUCUUGUGUUUGUCGAUAUAAAUAUAUAUUCUGCAUGCUGCUCGUGUUGCUGUUUCCUCCUUAUAGCACGCACUCUGGUUCUUCUAUCUAUGCUGGUAUCAUUCUUACAGUUGCUAUUUGAUUAAACCCCUCGACUCCUUAAAAACUAAGCACUUAACAACGCCACACUGGUAAGAGUUAAUUAAAGCAGGAAUUCUAAACCAAUAAAAAACAAACAA